AUGAUAAAGAGCUCCCCCAUGGCCAAUCUUACAACACCAAGUUUCUCUGGUUUGGCCCACUUUGAAAUCAAAAUGGGAUGUAAUGGGCCCACGAUUCCCAGGCCUCCCACUCCUCUGUUUCUGCGGCUCACUGAGUGCGAGGCUGCUCUGCUCAUCCAGGCUUUCUGGAGAGGAUACAAGAUCAGGGCACAGCCAGAUGUUCAGGAGAUGCGCCAGUGGCAGAAAAAACUGAGAGAGACCCGUGACAUUGGCAAAACUGUCAAGCAGUUCUGGGCAAAACAAGAGAGGCGAGUGGGUUCCGCUAUGACAGAUCUUCCAGAAAGCCCCCAGCCUGGAAACAAUGUGUCCAUCCAGGUGGUUUCCCCCACUCCCCAGAGCACCGCGGUCCACACACCCACCACCCAUAUGAGCCCACAGCCUGGGUCUCCAUCGCUACUAGGAACUCACAACCUGAGCUACCCUGGUGGGACUUGGUAACUGGAAUCAUUAGCCUUGUGUAAAAGCUUUUUUUUCUGCUGUUUAAACACUAUUAAACUCUGUUAGGCUGAUGCCAAAUUGACCUAAAGUGAUCAGUCAAACAAGCCCUGUUUAAAGAAAAAAAAGAAAAGAAUAAAAAAGAUGCCUGUAACCAA